UUCAGGCCUCCUCAGGGGAGAGCUGGGAGCCUGAUCUUAAAGAAGUAAUGUGACGUUGGUUUGAUGCCUCCUUUCUACUUUUGUCCAGCAGCCCUGUUUAUGGGAUGUUGUCCUAUGACUCAUGUCUACCGGGCUUUCCAUUAGCACAGAUAAGGUGACAUUAGUUCUGUAUGAUCACGAUCUAUCUCCCUCUCUUUGUCCUUUUUAGAAUGGUCAGGUCAGGCUGUUCGAUCAUUCUGCUUCAUCUCUUCAGCAUCUUUGGAGGUAUGACACAACAAAAUCCUGGAUCUAUUCAGGAUAUCCUGUAUCCAUAUGGAUCUGGCCAUAGGGAUUUAGAGACCCCCAAGAUGGAUGAUGGGAGUUCCCCUGAAGUUACUUUGCUCAUCCCCUUCGUUUUCUUCAAUGUGCCCUAUCGAUCCAUCUAUGUCAACAACAACGGUGUGAUCUCUUUCAACGUGCAGGUUAGUCAGUUCACACCGGAGGCCUUUCCUCUGAGUGACAGCCGGUCAUUCAUCGCCCCGCUGUGGGCAGAUGUCCACAAUGGCAUCCGUGGAGAUGUGUACUACAGAGAGUCCACUGAGCCGGAAAUGCUGGAAAGGGCAACGCAAGAUGUUCGGAAAUACUUUAAAAACAUGCCGACCUUCACAGCCACAUGGGUCUUUAUUGCGACGUGGCACCAAGUCACCUUCUACGGAGGAAGCCAGACGACCCCGGUGAACACAUUCCAGACUGUGUUGAUCUCAGAUGGCGUGGCAUUCUUCUGUAUGUUCAACUAUGGAGAAAUCACAUGGAGCACAGGAACGGCCAGUGGUGGAGAUCCCUUAACUGGACUGGGAGGAACAACAGCUCAGUCAGGUUUCAAUGGUGGAGACAUUGGCCACUUCUUCAACCUGCCGGGGUCGCGGUCGAAUGAUGUAGUAAACAUUGAACAAACGACCAAUGUAAAUAUUCCUGGGCGGUGGUUCUUCCGCAUAGACACUGAGCUGAUCGAUCCUGCUAACGGCUGCAGCUACAACGGACGUUAUUAUAGACGAGGGGAAAUCUUCUGGCUGUCUGACCAGUGCUUACAGCGUUGUCGCUGCCUUGACAUCAACAAUGACGUACAGUGCAUAGAAGCUCCUUGUGGGCAGCUGGAGACCUGUGAGCAGCAGGAAGGGGCCUUUUACUGCCAGCCAACCAGGACCAGUACUUGCGUGGUAUUUGGCGACCCUCAUUACCACACCUUCGAUGGCUUCCUCUAUCACUUCCAGGGGACCUGCUCCUACCUGCUGGCACGGCCGUGCUGGGAGGUGACGGGCCUGCCUUUCUUCAGCGUAGAGGCCAAAAAUGAGAACCGUGGAGUGGCCUCUGUGUCCUGGCUCAAAGAUGUCACAGUGGAUGUGUACGGCCACAGAGUGAUGUUGCCCAAGGGCAACUUUGGAACAGUCCAGGUGGAUGGCCUGACCAAGACCUUACCCGUCCAGCUCCAGCUCGGUGCCAUCAGGGUGUACCAGUCUGGGGUGGCCAUUGCUUUAGAAACAGACUUUGGACUUUUAGUGACGUAUGACGGCCAACACUACGCGUCCAUCUCCCUGCCCAGCUCCUACUUUAACAACACCUGUGGCCUUUGCGGAAACUACAACGAUGACCCCGCCGAUGAUCCCGUGCUUCCUGACGGCUCCCUGGCAGAAAGCGUGGUGGAGUUGGGCGGCAGCUGGCGAGCAGAAGACACAGACUGGAGGUGCACAGAUGGCUGUGCACAGAACUGCAGCUUGUGUGACCCUGUCACUGAAGCCUUUUACUUUCGCUCCGACUACUGUGGCCUCAUCAACAAGACCGAUGGACCUUUCAGGGACUGCAGGGCAGUGGUGGACCCAACAGCCUUUGUGUACAGCUGUGUGUAUGACAUGUGUAGCAACAGGGAUAACAUCACCACGCUGUGCCAGGCCAUCCAGGCCUACGCCCUGGCUUGUCAGGCCCUGGGCGUCACAAUCCGACCCUGGAGAUCUCGCACCUUCUGUGCUUUGUCAUGUCCAGACUUCAGCCAUUACCAAGUAUGCACAAGUGCAUGUCCAGCCUCCUGCUCUGACCUCACCGCUCCUCUGUAUUGCGCCCACCCUUGUACUGAGGGUUGCCAGUGUGACCCAGGCUACGUCCUCAGCGGGAGCCGCUGUGUUCAGCGUGAUGACUGUGGCUGUGAGCAUAAUGGCCUCUAUUACCCUCGUAAUUACACCUUCUGGACAGGCCCCAGUGGUGAAGAAGGUGAAUGCACUCUCCGCUGCACUUGCGGGCCUGCUGGGGAGGUGUCCUGCUUCAAUGAGUCCUGUAAGGAGGGCGAAGUGUGUGUUGCAGAGGUGGGCCUGUUGGGUUGCUACCCACGAAGGGAGGGAGUGUGUUCAAUCACCCAGAACUCAGUGACAUCCUCCUUUGAUGGUACCUUCCUACUGUUCCCUGAUGACAGCUCCUACUACCUGCUGAAGCUGUGUGGUCCCGUGCCAGCUAAUGGCUCAGUGGUUGAGGUGAAGAUAGGCAGGCGCCUGGUGAAUAAGGGCCCUGCUUGGAAGAGACCUGUGGUGGUUACUGUGGCGAACCUGGAAGCUCAAAUGGGAGGGAUGGACUUUGAUAUAGUAAAGGUGAAUGGUGAACAGGUGAUGCUUCCAUAUGUCCACCCCAUGGAGACGAUGAUGAUAUACAAAGCGCCAGGCAAUGCUACAGUUGUGGAGUCUCGUGGUUUGAUUCGUGUCCACUACACACGUCAGGGAUUCCUCAACGUCUCUCUCUCCACCCUCUACUACAAUGUCACCUGCGGCCUAUGUGGUGUCUUCAAUAGCAACGUCACCGAUGACCUUCGCCUCCCCAACGGGCGCCACGCAGACUCUACAGAGCAGUUCACAGAGGGCUGGCGGUCCAUCGCCGACGACCUCACCUGCAACGGUGACUGCGACGACCUGUAUCGCAUGUGCACAGACUUACGCCUCUACCAGAGUCCUUACAUGUGCGGCAACAUCAACGACCCUGGGAAUAGUUCCUUCCUGGCGUGCCAUGCGGUGGUCAACCCCUCACCCUUCUUCAGGAACUGCCUGUAUAACAUGUGUGUGAAGGAGGGAAACCGCUCCGCCCUGUGCUCGUCACUGCAGGCUUAUGUCACCGCCUGUCAGGACGCUCAAGUGGGUCUCACUUCCUGGAGGAGCGCCACCAACUGCCCUCUUCCCUGUCCGGAGAACAGCCAUUUUGAUGAGUGCACUGGCGCCUGCCCUCUGACCUGCGCCAACUUGGAUGAACCUGAGGAGCCGUGUCCCCUGCCGUGCCAGGAGGGGUGUCAGUGUGAGGAAGGCUUUGUGCUGCGGGACGGCCUGUGCGUGUUACGCAGUGACUGUGGAUGCAUGAGUCACGGCCGCCAGCUGGCCACUAAUCAGACUUUCUGGACAGACUGGGAAUGCCAGGAGCGCUGCUACUGCAACGGCUCUGACAACAGCGUGUACUGUCAGCUCGCGCCCUGUCUUGCCGAGGAGUACUGCCAAGAGAAUGACGGCCUGUAUUUCUGCCAGCCGCGAACCGAGGCCCUGUGUGUAGCAGCGGGUUACGGACACUUCCUGCCAUUUGGUGGCGUGCCCUUUGAGCUGCAGAGCUCCUGUACACUUAGGAUGUCCACCACCAACUGUGGAAGGGAUAACAGGGACCACGCUGGCACAGGUGGAACUUUCCCUCAGUUUAAACUGCUAGCCCGUAAUGAGGAAAGAGACACGGGCCAGGCGAUCUGGGUGAGGGGCUUCGUGCUGGAGGUCUAUGAGUAUGAGAUAGAAGUGUCUCGAACCUACAAAAACACUGUUACGGUGAAUAAGGAGCGUCUGUACCUCCCUCUGAAGUUGGGCUUAGGGAAGGUCAACAUUUCCAGCAUGGGCAUGCAGCUCGUCCUGGAGACAGACUUUGGCCUGAAGGUGGCCUUUGACUGGAACACACUCCUUCUUUUGACUUUGCCCCGUGACCUCUACAACGCCUCCUGUGGCCUUUGCCAGGGCGUUCCAUUGUACCCACCAACCCUGUCCACCACCGACUGGGGCAUGGCUUGGGCAGAGAGGGACACGUUCUGCCAGGUGGGCUGCGGCGACUCCUGCCCUCGCUGCGGCCUCGGGGAGAAAAGCAUGAUCAACGACGCGCCGCUCAUGGUGGCGGACGCCAGCAUGGCCAUCGACAACGACAACGGGGACAAUGCAGUCAACACGGGCAUACGCUUCCACAUUGGAGACGGACUGUACGUGUUCGUGGAGCCCGAGGCCGUGAGGCUGUGUGGGCUAAUUGUGGAUCGAGCAGGUGUGUUUGCUCGCUGUCACAGCAAGGUGGCGCCAGCUUUCUUUUAUCAAAGCUGCUUGCAGGACACCUGUUUGGAUCAGGGAGCUCAUGAUACAAUCUGUAACUGGCUGCAGAUCUACGCCAGCACUUGUCAGACCCAAGGAAUUCCACUUACCGGCUGGAGGAGUGAAACACCAUGUGCCCAGAACUGUCCGCCUAACAGCCAUUACUCCAGUUGCAUGCCAGUCUGCCAGCCCCAGUGCGCCCCAGCCCGCGGCCAGCGGGACUGCAGCCAAGACUGCGUGGAGGGCUGCCAGUGCGACCAGGGCUACGUGCUCAACGGCAAGAGCUGCAUCCUGCCUCAGAACUGUGGCUGCUACACCGAUGGCAAGUACUUUGAGCCCAAACAGCUGUUCUGGAACAGUGACUGCACGAAGCGGUGCCAGUGCAUCGGACGGAACCUGGUCCAGUGUGACCCGAGGCGCUGCAAGGCGGAGGAGGAGUGCGCCCUGCGGUACGGGGUGAGGGGCUGCUUCGCGCGUCGCUCCCAGCACUGCGUGGCCUCGGGCGGCGGCGUCUUCAGGACCUUCGACGGGGCGUCGCUGCGCCUCCCGGCCUCCUGCUCCUUCGUCUUGUCCACGAACUGCCACAAGCUGCCCGAUCUCUCCUUCCAGCUCAUCGCCAACUUUGACAAAUGGAGCACACCCAACCUCACCACCAUCUCCCACAUUUACCUCUACAUCAACGAGGAGAACAUACUCAUCUCAGGCAGCACUAUCAAGGUCAAUGGCACACCAGUAUCGGUACCGUUCCUCACUGGGCUGAUGACCCGUCUGUCCACAUCAGAAGGUUUCAUCGUCAUCGACACACCUCAGGACAUCCAGGUCCGGUACAAUCGCUUCAACACCCUCAGCAUCACAAUGGGCCAGCGGCUCCAGAACAAGGUCUGUGGCCUUUGCGGGAACUUCAACAGCGACCCUAGCGAUGACUACACCACCUCCAGAGGCAAGCCGGCCGUCAGUGCACUGGAACUGGCCCAGAGCUGGAAGACCAAUGGAAUGCAGAACAGCUGUGAUGAGACUCAGUAUGUGGCCCUGGCUCAGUCCUGUGACAACACGGCCGUCAUGGCCCUCCAGGGCGAGGACGCCUGCCAGAAGCUCACCCACUUGAAGGGCUUCUUCAAGCCCUGCCACGGCCUGCUGGACCCCCGGCCCUUCUACCAGUCCUGCUACCUGGACGGCUGCUACAACCACCGCAAGGCUCAGGUGUGUGGCUCGCUCGCGGCCUACGCCGAGGCCUGCCGCUCUCUGGGCACCCUCAGCACCAAGUGGAUCACCCAGGAAAACUGCUCAGAAUGGAUCUAUGACCCCUGUGCAGGAGAGAUCUGCACAAACUUCACAUGCGAGCUGGAGAAUGGAGGCGACCUGUGUGGCUGCCCUGAGCUUCCCACCAGCACUGGAGGCGAUGACGACAUCAUCCAGGCAGAGGUGACGUGUAAGCAUGCCCAGAUGGAGGUCUCCAUCUCCAAGUGUAAGCUCUUCCAGCUGGGCUUCGAGCGAGAGGACGUCAGGAUCAACGACCAGCGCUGCGCCGGCAUCGAGGGAGAGGACUUCAUCUCCUUCCACAUCAACAACACCAAAGGCCACUGCGGCUCCAUCGUACUGUCGAACGGCACACACAUCAUGUACAAGAACACCGUGUGGAUCGAGAGCGUGAACAACACUGGGAACGUCAUCACCAGAGACAAGACCAUCAACGUGGAGUUCUCCUGCGCCUACGAACUGGACCUGAAGAUCUCACUGGAGACCGUGCUCAAGCCUAUGCUCAGCGUCAUUAACCUCACGUUACCGACCCAGGAGGGCAACUUCAUCACCAAGAUGGCUUUGUACAAGAACUCCUCGUACAGGAAUCCCUACAGGGAGGGGGAGGUGGUGCUCAGCACGCGGGACAUCCUCUACGUGGGCGUCUUUGUGGAGGGGGCCGAUGAGAACCAGCUCAUCCUCAUAGUGAACAUGUGCUGGGCGACGCCGUCCCGCUACAGCAGCGAUCGACUGCGCUACAUCAUCAUAGAGCGGGGGUGUCCAAACAUCAAGGACAACACCAUCGGCAUGGCGGAGAACGGCGUGUCGCUCACCUGCCGCUUCCACGUCACCGUCUUCAAGUUCAUCGGCGACUACGACGAGGUCCACCUGCACUGCGACGUCUCGCUGUGCGACUCCGAGACCAACGCCUGCAAAGUGAACUGUCCACACAAGAGGCGGAUGUACUCGGAGGACAGCGAGCAUAAAGAGCACAUACUGAGCGUGGGGCCUAUAAGACGAAGAGAAUCCGACUGGUGCGAGGAGAACAACGGCGGCUGCGAGCAGAUCUGCAGCAGCAAACUGACUGGGCCCAUCUGCAGCUGCGUGACUGGGACACUGCAGCGAGACAGGAAGAGCUGCCGUGCUGUGAGUUCCAGCUGUGACGUCACCCCCGGGGGGCCUCUGCUGGUCGCCGGCGCCGUGACCUCCUUGUUACUGGCCCGUAUUCACGGCGCUUUCUUCUCCUAACAGAGACGCGGACGCAUCAGACCCAUCGAAAGACAGACUUGAAGAUGCACCAUGCAUCGGCAUUGAGUAGCACGUAGAGCAGCUGUGGCCCACACAGAAUACACUGCACAUUCACAAGCCUUUGAGUCAAACACAGCGUGGUGUCCCUCCCUCUUCUUUCUCCAUUAUUUUCAUCAUCAUGUGUUGGGAGCCAGUAUUUAUAGCUAUUUAAUGUUAUUAGAACAUCUUUGAAGAUGAUUCACUCUUAUAUGCCACAUAGUCUCAUUUACCACCAGAUGGCACCAAAUUGGAUGCAUGUUUUCUAUGUGCAAAUAACCUGCACUGUGACUGAGAUGAAGGUGGAUCUGGUGGAUCAGGUCCAGUGGACCGAUCGUGGGCUCCAUCCAGUGGCCUGUGGUGUCAGCAACAGGUGGUUGGCCCCUUUGCCCCUGACAUGAGUCCUGUUAGUAGCCUCGAUGGGCAGCUGCAGAGAUAUUUAUUCCUAAGAAUGCACCCAAACACCCAGAUUUCAUUUAGCGUGAGUCCAAUACCAGAGUGGCCCUGACCACGUCUUUAACCACGUCUUUCCCUGUUAGUUCCAUGUGCAGAUGCCCUUCAAAUGCUCUGUUCCAACAGCGUCCCGAGGGAACAUCGGUGUGAAUAUAAACCUCGACUGAGCCCCGCUGAUGUAACGACAGUGUUUAUCUUUCCAAAGUAACAGAGCCUGCGUCACCUCGUCAAGCUGUGGAUCACGUAAACUGUGUGACAGGUUAUGCCCCAACGGAAACAGAGGAAGAGUACAUCUAAAUAGUGGCGGUGGUGGUUGGAUGUCAGGUAUUUAUAUGUGAGGAUGGCACCUUGUAAACUGAAUACUUCUUGUUUUUUGACUCACAUUCUGGAUCAUUAAAUUAGUUUCCAGGACUCGUGACUGGAAAAAUCAAAUCAUUUAAAUCAAAUCAUCAAGUAUUUUAUUCCUUCCGCUACUGUCUUGUUAAAUCCUAGUUUUUGCUCUGACUCCUUCAAAUAGUGUCGCUGUUCAUUUUGCAGUGUUUAUCCUUUGAGCUAGUAGCGUACAGACAGACACAGACAGGCCCGUCUGACCACCUUCCAUGUACAGAUGUACAGUCCUUGUCAGUUUGCUAGCAUGUGUCGUAACGUUUGCAAUAAUCACUUUCUUUUUUUGCGUGUUUAAAAACCUGUCUUCAUCCUUUGAGAGCAGAAACACCCGACCAUAAAUAAAUGAA